UCCUCUGCAUUGUGUAAAAAAUGCUUUUUGAUCCUGACUUCUCUGAUCCUCCCCUUCUUCCAGUGCCCCCUCUUAUCUCCUAAUAAGACAUUGUGUGGAGACACUCUGCACAUGCUCAGUUUAGUGUGUAUUGCUAGAGAGGGUUUUUUGGGGGGGUGGGGAGUGCAUGUGAUCAGCACAGGGCCAAUCAGCACUGUCCAGACAGAGGUCAGGGGUCCUGCAUCCUCCUAGAGCAGAAUUAAAACUCCUCCUACAAGCUUUAACCAGUGCUCUGCUGAACACUGAUAGAAAAAAGAUAUUUAGCAGUUUAUAUUUACUAAAAUAAUUGCAUUUCCAUGUUCUGUGUAUUGUGUGGGGGAGAAGAUGCAGUGAAU